AUGUCCAAGGAUGGUGAAGACCAGGCGUUGAUCGCCCACUACGACAACGAGUGGGCUACCGGUUUUUGGACGGCCCCGUGCGAUGACCCAUGCUUCUUCUGUGUCAGCCUGCUUUGCUCUCCGUGUGUCUCCUUUCAUCUGCGACAGCGUCUGCUUCACGAUGACCUUAGCGAGUAUCAGUGCUGUGCUGGCCAGUACGAUUGGCUGCCCAUGGAGUGUUGCUAUUGCCGAGAUUCAGCCUGUCCGUGCUGCUGGUUGGCCUGCGAGGUCGUUUUUUUCCAUCCGUGCAGUAUCAUGGGCACCCGCAUGGCCCUGCAACAUGAAAUGCAGCUGGAGAACACCUGUUGCGACAAGUUUUUGCUGCUUCUGAUUGCUUUCGUCAAGGCCAUCAGCUGCAUUCUCAAGGCUGUCGGCUGCCGGAGCCAGGCUCAUGCUUGCGAUGCACUGGGUGAUUGCAUCUUCACCUGUGUGUGUGGGUGCAUUCAGACUCAGAACAAGCUGCAGCUCGACUAUCGUGAUGAUCCACAAAAGCAUUCCGUGGUCGUUCAUCAGCCCACGGCGACACGCGCCGACGCACCUCCUGCCUACCAUGCCUAAACUUUUCUUUGUUGGUUUUGUAUAAGGCAUUAUUCGCCGAAUUUGGUGCCAAACUCGUUCGACUCACUUGUGCCUCUGCUCAGUGACUCGAUCUGUCUUUAAACCCUUUUGUUUGUACGUGUGUUUGCAGUUCUUGUUUCCUUCACCAUAUGAUGAGGUUUC